AAUAAAUACAGUUUUUUAAUUAAUAAUAAAAUAAUAUAUAAUUUUGAGAUUCCGUUACCACAAACAUCUAAUUGAAUACAUAAUGCCUCAAUUUUGGAUAAUCAUUUUAUGGUUAGGAUUACUUGCUUUUAAACCAAUAGACGCUCACACGGAUGCUGAUGUUCAGUUGAGGGUGCCGAGAUGGGUGGAACGUGGUGCCAGUGCGACAUUAGAAUGUCUGCAUGAUGUAGAUUCGAGUGUUCUAUUUAAGGUAUCAUGGUUUAGAGAAGAAAUGAAAUUUUUCGAAUAUGUUAAGGGACGAAAACCACCGUUUAAAAAUUUCACAAUGGAAGGAGCAGUCAUCGAUUGGGAAAAUUCAAAUGAAUCUCAAGUGACUUUGGCUAAUGUUGAUUUUAAAUUAUCCGGACAAUUUACCUGCGAAGUAUCAAUGACCUCACCAUUGUAUACAAAAGCAUCAGUGGAACAAUUUCUGAAUGUUUUCUUACCACAAACGGGCCCACCGGUGAUCAGGUUUCGUAAACGCAGUCCUGUGGCUAUUGGCGAGCGUCUAAUGGCAUUGUGUAAUACAACACGCGCCCGACCAGCACCACACAUUACAUGGCUUAUUAAUGGCAAAAAGGUUGAUGAGAAAUUCAUACGCACCCAUCAUGUUUAUUCAAUCAGUGGCAAAAAUCAUCGCAAGACACCAAUGCAGCACGAACAGGAAGAACACAUACUCCAGGCGAAACAAAAGAAGCUACAGAAGCAAGGCCAUCGAGAGGUACCGCAGCCACCACACACGUAUACCCCACAACAAUACAGUAUUUAUCAGCCACAAUAUCAUAUACCAAUGAUACCUGAUCGAUGGGAUAAAAGCUUACGAACCGGUCGUGGAUGGGAAGACUAUUCGGUUACACAACAUAAAGGCCACCAUGGCCAUCAUGGAGACGGACAUCGUCAUACCGCACUACCCUACAACAAUCCCUUUGGUCAUUUGGCCAUCAUUCACGAUAUCGAAUUUGAUGAUUAUGAACUACAGCACAAUUACGACAAUAACAAGCAACACAUGGACAAUACGGUCAAAAAACACUUGGACAACAUGAAGAAACACAGGAAUUCUUCAAGUCGUAAAUAUCGUCACAUCAAUGAAAAUGCUCUUGGCAUUAUACGCAGCACACUGAAUAGUGGUGGAUUUGGUCCUCAGACACCCAAUUUGAAUAAUGAACUGGGUAUACCGCCGAAUGCUGGGCCCAUGAAUGCAUUUGCCGCCAGUUAUGGCAGACCAUUGUCUCAUCCGGGCGGUGGCAGUGGAGUGGCAGCUGCUGCAGCCGCAGUUACCGAGGCACAACAGGAGAAGGGUAUGUUUUCGGUGAGCCAACUGAACAUUGAGUUGACAGAACAGCAUGUGGGUCCUAAUGGCCGCAUGGAGCUGACAUGUCUGGCAACUAUACCUUCAGCAGUAGGACCUGGUGAACAGUUUGCUGAUUAUAAAACAUAUUCGAUUAAGGUGGAAGUUGGACGUACGGAGACAACCACCAUAUCGACAACAACACCAACCAUUGGUAUGGCAGCCUUGGGCAAUGGUGUGACACCAUCGUCAGCGACGUCAUUGGCACCAUCUUACAAUCGCAUCACAAAAAUCCAUUAUUUAUGGCUGCAUAUAUUUGCGAUUAUCUUUGUAUUUUGGCGAAUAUUAAAGCAACAACAUUAAGGAAUUUUAACAUGUAAAAUUGUAAAACUGAUAAAGAUGAGAUGGUUUAUUAGAUACGAGAUUAUAAAUACAUACAUAUAUACUACUUACACAUACUUACUUACAUUAAUACAUAUACCUACAUAUACAUAUAUAGCCAAAAGCAAAAAACUACUUACAACCACAAACAAACAAAGAAAAAAUGGGAUAAAAUAAUGAAGGUGGGUGAAGACAAGUGACAAAAAAUUUCCCAGUGAACAAAAAAAAAUAAUAAGAAAUGGCAAAAAAAAAAACGUAACCCCACCGAAUGAAUAAAAAACUUUAGAACAUAGAUGAAAUUACACCGAGAAAUAUUAGGUUGAAAAGGUUUUGUUUGAAAUAUUUGGCUUGCAAAAUUAAAAUUUAAGGUAGAUAUAGAAAGAAAAAAUAAUUGAAAUGCUUAGUUGCAAACCCUUAAAGAUAAGUUUGUAAUUAAUGUUAAUAUGCAUUGGUAAGUGUAAUGUUUUAGUGAUUAAUUUCAACCUUAAUUGCCUGAUAAUAAUCUUACAUACAUAAGUAUAUCUAAAAUAAAAUGUUUCUGAAACACUGUACAUUCAUUGGUGAUUAUCACACUUCCAAAUUACAAAUAUUACUUAUUUUUCGCUUCUUUGCAAGUUGUUCUUUCCUAGAAAUACAUAAUACUACAGAUAUUGCGAAAAGAAAAAGAUUUU